GGAUGAAUGCGCUUCAAAAAGUUACAGCGGAUUUGGUAGUUAAAUGUGGUUAAAUCUCCAUGCUGCCUCAGCUCAGUGUCCGUGUGGGCUUCUGGCUUUGCACUGUGUUAAACAAGAUUAUGGGAUGGAUGGGAUGGGAUGUAGAGCUCUCCCAGCCCAACCACGACGAGGGCAUAACGCGUAUUUGUCGGCUCGGAUGCAGCAGCAUCCUCUCAAAAAGCACUGCUUCAGCACAGUCAGUCAGACCGCCUCAACCCGCCAAGGAUGAUGCUGCCGGAGGAUCCAGCCCUACAGCCCGAGCCGUGAGACACGUCUGCUGAAAUAAGUCUGUCACCGAAAUGAACCACGCAGCGAUUUAGAAAAAACAUAAAGAAAGGGUCAAACUAAAAACUCUCCUCAGCUGCCUCAUUUUCAACUUGAUACCGGAGCAUGGGGGACGUCGGCGCGGAUGCAGCUCCACACCGGCUUUAGAAGUUGGACAGACAGAAAUUUGAAUGCCAUGACUCUUGACUUUGGACAAGAUUUCCAGCGCAGUGCAGAAGGCGUGCAGUAUUUUAGAAACCAAAAGGUGGACUUCUUCUCCUUUUGUCCUCUGAGGGUGUUAUCUGAUCAACAUGUGGCACUUAAAUAAUUAGUGUAUCUGAGGCAUAGAGGGAUAUUGAUCCCCGAAGAACCCAUGGGUGCGACUUAUUAUUCACAGUAAUGGAAUGAAGACACUAUCUUGAUAUGAUGGAUGAUAGACCCAGUAAGCUCAUCUUGGUUCCUAUUUUAGCUGUCCUUUUUGUUAUGAUAGGUUACCAGUACAUAUGUCCCGCUGGCAGCAAUUCGUGCCACUUUAAGGCUGGGGAGAAAUUAAGGGGGGUAAGCCUACUUUCCACCCCGUACGAGGACAGCGAUGAUUUCUACAGAGAUCAAGACCUGGAGGAUGACAGCCCUCCUAAACUACCGUCAAAAUUCAACUUCACCGAAAGAGACCUUGACAGACACGUGGAGUUCAACAUCAAAGGGGACGACGUGAUAGCGUUUUUGCACAUCCAGAAGACCGGAGGAACCACUUUCGGGAGACACUUGGUGAGGAAUAUUCGCUUGGAGCAGCCGUGCGACUGCAAGCCAGGACAGAAGAAAUGCACAUGUCACCGACCAGGUAAAGAUGAGUCCUGGCUCUUCUCCCGGUUCUCCACUGGCUGGAGCUGCGGACUGCAUGCAGACUGGACCGAGCUAACGAACUGUGUGCCUGUCAUUAUGGAUAAGAAGGAGGCCCAGAGGAAUAAAAGGAACUUCUACUACAUCACCAUGCUGCGCGACCCAGUCUCCCGCUACCUGAGUGAGUGGAAGCAUGUCCAGCGCGGAGCCACAUGGAAGACCGCCCUCCAUAUGUGUGAUGGACGCUCGCCCACCCAGGACGAGCUGCCGACCUGCUACAGUGGCGACGACUGGUCCGGUGUCACCCUGACAGAGUUCAUGAACUGCCCGUCCAACCUGGCCAAUAACCGGCAGGUCCGCAUGCUGGCUGACCUGAACCUGGUGGGCUGCUACAACCUGUCCUCUAUGAAUGAGAGCCAGCGUAACCACAUCCUUUUAAGCAGCGCCAUGAGCAACCUGAAGAACAUGGCUUUCUACGGCCUGACCGAGUUUCAACGCAAGACGCAGUACUUGUUUGAGCGGACGUUCAGCCUGCGCUUCAUCUCUGCUUUCACACAGAUCAACAGCACGCGAGCCGCCAACGUGGACCUGAGCGAGCCCGUGCGCAGACGCAUCGAGGAGCUCAACUUCUUGGACGUGCAGUUGUACGAGUACGCGAAGGACCUGUUCCUUCAGCGUUUCCAGUUCACCCGCCAGAGGGAGCACCAGGAGGUGCGCUUGAAGAGGCGCGAGGAGAGGCGUUGGCUGAGGGAGCAAAAAGAGCAGGGCAGGCCAUGGCUGCCCAAACACAGAAGGGAAGGAAAUAAAGGUGGGGUAAGGGGAGGAGGAUUGGAGAAAGGGACUGACGGUGACUUCCCCACCACCACUGAGGACUACACAAGCCAAGUGGCCCGUUGGUGAGGCUUUGGUCUUAAGAGAGCGGAGCAAGAGAGAGAUUCCUCACAGACUAGUUUAAACAUUUCCUUUGACUCUCUCUCUCUCUCGCAUCCUGUGUCUCUCUCUUUUAGUCUCACCAUUAAUCUGUCUCCUGCAUCUGUCUGUUUCUCAGCUUCAGUGUGCUUUGCUGUUUCUUUAUGAGAACUGCCAAGUCUGUGAGUCUCACAGCAGCUCUGACUUGGAGUGCCCUUUGGUGUCUUAAAUCUUUAAAUGCUGUUUAUAUAAUUUUUUUGUCAUAAAAUGUUUUGCCUUGUUUAUUUAUCGUGUGUUGAAUAAGACAGUAAACUGAGGUGAAAGAAAAAAAAAAUCAAAAGAAGCAGCCAUAGACUGCAUUGCUUUUAAUUUUGACAUUCACUGCAAAAUUGAUGAAUGUCAUUGUCUUUGUUGCAACUGGUAGAAAACAUAUUCCAUAUGAAAGAUGUAUUUGUAGAAGAACUGAUGGUUGCAUGUCACACAUCCACAUUAUACUGACAAUUGGGGAGAGUGAUUUCCAAAAGAUAUACAGUACUGUAAGCCAAAGUUAAUAAAAAACACAACGUAUUUAUUGUAUUUUUAUUUAAAGACCAUGUUGUAUGUAUGCAGUACCCAUGUUUUAAACCAAAUUACAGAAGACUAUAUCUAAUGCUUAUAUUUUGGUUACAGUCCAAUAUAUAUUAUUUUCUCAAGUGCAAUACCUUGCAGACACGUCACCCAAAGAUAACAUAUCAUGUACACACAAUUCCAAUCACACAGUCACAAAGAAGGCUGAACAAAAUAACUUCAGUCCUUCCCCGUACUUUUGGUAGAACAUUGUGAAAGCAUAUUUUGUGAGUAAUUCAUUUUUGAAGUAGUGGGCUGCAGAGAUAAAAAGUUGGUAAAUAGUACAGGUGAUGAAAUGUGUCAGUGUGGCCUGGUGUGUGGCUCGACUGUAAAUGAGAUGAUCAGCAUUCAGUUCUCAUGCCCCUCCCCGUCACACUGGCUGCUUUUACAUGUUUGUAGAGCUGACGGCAACUGCACCGUGGGCAGCGAGAGGGCUCUAAUGCCAGCAGAGUGCCAGCCUACAAAGACCAGCCUCAAAGCUGAUAGUCGAGAAAUAAAAACAUGUCUGUCAUUUCUUCUGCCCAAUAGCUUCCAGUCCCUCAAAUCCAAUCAGCACGGCAAAUUCAUUAAGAUGAAAGAGGGCUUGUUUUUAUCUGGUUAAAUAGGCUUCAGUGAUGCAUUUUAUGCCUCUUAUCUUAUAUUCACUCAAAAUCCCUGCUUAUCAAAUUAAAUGUUCACUAAAUGUCAACAAUGAA